AUGAAGUUCAAAACCUAUCUCUCGAAGGAUUCCAAACUCAAGGAUACUAUUUCGACGCUUGGGUGGAGCAACAACGAGGAUGUGUACAGCUGCUGCAGCGAAGACCUCCACAAGUGGACCUCCACCAAUCGGGAGAUGGUGAAAGUGGCCAAGCUGCCCGAAGGUUUCGUCCCGACCGACAUGCACUGGCUCUACGCGAGGGGCUCGGGAGUCGCCAGCGCUAGCCUUGGUCCCGGGUCGGGUAGUAAGGGUGGUGAAAGUUUGCUGAUAUCGAGCGAAGACGGAAGGUUUGUGAUACUGAACAAAAGUGCGCGUGUCGAGCGGAAUGUUUCGGCCCACGCGGGAACGGUGGUGGCCUCUCGCUGGAGCCCCGACGGAGCCGGACUGCUGACGGCCGGCGAGGACGGUGUCAUUAAGAUUUGGUCCCGUUCCGGUAUGCUGCGGUCGACGGUCGUGCAAAACGAGGGCCAAAUCCGGUGUGCCUGCUGGGGGCCGACGGCGACGGCCAUUGCCUACAGCCAGGGAUCGUUCGUAGCGAUCAAACCGUUGGCCGCGAACAGUAAGCUGACGAAGUGGAGAGCCCACGACGGGAUGGUGCUGUGUCUGUCGUGGUCGAACAACACGGCCCUGAUUGCGACCGGUGGCGAAGACUGUCGGUACAAGAUCUGGGACACACAGGGCACGAACGUUUACACGAGCGUGGCCGAUGACUACGCCAUUACGUCGGUAGAGUUCUGCCCGGAUGGUGAGCUGCUGGCGGUGGGGGGAUUCAACAUGGUCAAGCUUUGCCACAGCACCGGGUGGAGUCACAGCAUCGUGAGGUUCAACCAGCAGGUGAUCGGUUCCUUGUUUAAUAUCGUUUGGUCGGCGGAUGGAACACAGAUAGCGUCCUCUACCAGCACGGGGACGCUGCUCUUCGGGCACAUCAUCGAACGGGAGCUACGGAAUCGCAACCUGAAAGCGAUCACCACGGGGCGCAAAACGAUCCUACUGCAGGACAUCGUCGCUCGUACCACCGACACGUUGGACUUUUCCGAGCGAGUCAUCAAGUGGGAGCUGGGCUAUGGCCAUUUGGUCGUCGCAACGGUUCAUCAGAUUCACAUCUUCAACGAGCACUACAUCAACACGCCGAUCAUCAUCGACGGGCGCAGCGAUAUUCGCAUCAUCAUGCUUGGCAGGAAAAACUUCCUCCUAGUUGACCAUUCCUCCAUUUGGAUUUACACGUACUCCGGGCGGCUACACUUGAACCCUCGGUACCCGGGAUCACAGGCCCAGAUCGCCCAUCUCAACAGUCGCUGUAUUUCUCUCGGAAUGGACUCGCUAGCGGUGCGCGAUCACUCCGAUCAAACGAUCUUGCACGUUUUCGAUCUGCUGCCCAGUGCCACUCGGCAGGAGGAACCAUACAGCAUCCACGCCAAGGUGGGAAUAGUUGAGGUGGCCGUCUGCCGGUUCGGCAGUCCCGACGAUCAGUACCUGGUGUACGUCGACGCGAACCAGGAUCUGCACAUUACGAACUGCACAGGCAGUGAGUAUGUGACGCACAAGAUCGGUACACAGGUACAUCGGGUAAUGUGGUCAAACGACACGAACAUCCUGGUCGGCCUUCACGAUCUCAGCUACAGCGUGUGGUACUGUCCGGGUGAAGCCUGCGCGGAUCCCACUUUGAUCGCGCUAACAACGUUCACGUACGACACGAGCGAGUUCGGUAAGAACAUUACGCUGGAAAACUUCGAAGGGGCCAGCGUGACGUUCCGUAGCUCCGGAGCCAUUUUCACCGUCUCUGUGAAAACCUACUGCGUGAUACUGCACAAACUGUUUGCCGAAAAUCAGUGGGAACGGUCGCUGAAGCUGUGCCGCUUGGUACAGAAUCAGCUCCUGUGGGCCACUCUGGCCGCGAUGGCGUCCAAACGAAACCAGCUGGACAUCAGUGAGGAAGCGUUUUGUGCCUCACUACAGAUUGAUAAGGUGAACUAUCUGAACUACAUCAAAUCCAUGCCACUGUCCAGCCCGGAACAUAUGGCUGAAAACUCCGUGAUGAACGGGCGCAUCCAGGAAGCGGAAACUAUACUGCUGCACAACAAGCGCAUUCCAGAGGCCAUUCGGUUCUGCUUGCGCAUGCACCGCUGGAACAAGGCACUCGAGGUGGCGCUGAAACACGAGCAGGACGUAGAUCUUGUGCUGGCGGAACGUAAGAGAUACUUGCAGGCCCUGGAACGGGAGGAAAACGAUCCGCAAUUUUUGGCACUGGACGCACCGUAA